CCUGUGAAAGGACACAGUCAAUCCUCAGCCCUAUGUACAACACACCCUGUGGUCACCACGCCACCUGGCUGCGUCCCCAGCCGGUGACCCCCUCUGCUCCUGGCAGCACUGAGCCGGGGAAACAUGCUCAAAUGCAGCCAAAGUGCAGCAACCUUCCUCCUCCUCCUCCACACCCCUGCUUGCAGGCUCCGGGGAUCGAUACGGUGCAUUAGCACUUGCUGAGGCUGCAGCCCUUGCACAUGGGAGCACAGGGAGCUGAGAGGUGAAGCAGUCAGCACCCCUUUCACAGCACCGCAAGGGUGACAAAAGCGGUGCUGGGCACCAGCCUCAUGCGGGGCUGUGGCCCCUGCACCCUGGGGACAGCUCAAGGUGCCCCCAGGGCAAGUGGGUGCCCCCAGAAGCCAGGAGAGAGAAGCUGUGGCUCUCCCUGGCUUCAAGCAUCAGCAGGGACAGCGAGGACAGCUGAAGGGCAUCGUGAGGAGCGUCUCCAUCAGGCACCAGUGCCACGGGCUGCCCCUCGGCAGGGAGCAGCACUGGCUCCAUGCUGGCCCUUGGGCAGAAGGCGAGCAGGGUGAGGGACAAGCCCGGCAGCACGGGCAGAGCCAGGGUCGGGGUGCAGGGGGUUAACAGCCCCUGGUGCGCAGCAGCCGCAGCAGCCAAAUUAGCUUUUUGCUGCCCUAAUGGAAACGAAUUCCCCAGCCUGGCUUCCCACUAACACACCCGGGCGCUGGGUAAUGACAUUCCUGCAUGUCCUUCUCCAUGUGGCCACUCCCUCCCUGCCCGCAGCCCCUCUGCCCUGCGGACCCCACAAGGCUCAUCCAGCCCUGCUCGCCCCAUGGCCGGGCUUGCUGGGGAGUCCCUGCUGGCUCGUGCAGGGGGUCGUGGGGACAAGAGCAGCGGGAAGGACCCACCACUGGGUGCUGAGCAGCGGGUGCCCGGGGACGACCGCCAUCCCCGCUCCAGCCUGGGCGCAGGGUUGGACACGAGGGGCUCCCAGAGCUGCUGCCGGGGCGGGUUUAUUCCAGCAUCCUCCCAGACGCUGGGCGGUCACAGAGCAGCCAGUGCAGCUGCCUUACGGAUCACAACCAGCCGAGCGUGCCGCUCUCCAGCGGGAGGGAUGGUGGCUGCGCAUCCGUGAGGCCGGAAAGUCAGCAAAGUGGCCCUGAGCACCCCUGGGGACAAGGGACACCACGCAGGAUCAGCACCGGCUGCGCAUCGCCCUGCCCACUCGCGGGACGGUAAGGGAGGGCCACGGCCACGGCCACCACGGGGACCAAUGGGAUCCUGCCCAGCCCACACGCCGCACACCCCCGGAGUGUAAAUAGGGGCAGGAGCGGGACCGCGCGCCCACAGCCAGCCCAGCUCUCCGGGAGAUGCUGGUUGUGAGGGAGCCGGGCACCAGAUGAGGGUCAGUGGGGGCCAGAGCAAGGGAUGUACCUGAGGGAUGCACCACGGUGGCACCAAGCUGUAAGAAACUUUGCGCUCCAGAGAUGUGUGGCUCUGGAAGGCAGCGAGGCGUUCGCCCAGCCCGAAAUGCAGCGCUGAAACACCGGAGCGUCUCAGCCCUCUGAUGCCAGACACCGGCCCCCACCCGCCCCCCUGCACCCGGGCACCGGGCAGCCCGCGGCCGGCCGGAGCUCAGGGACGCGGCAGCCUGGCGUGAGACGCAGCAGAGCCAGGCAGGGCGAUGCCGCCCUUUAACUCUUUUCAAACCCUGCGUCUGGAAUCAGAAUCCUCCUUCACGAGGGGCAAAGGGGCAUCUGUGGGUGCUUGGUAAGAGACAGCACGGGGGAGAGCGGGGAGGACCGUGGCACGUUUUCUCUUGCGUCUGGUCGAGUCUGGCUGUGCAACCGGGCUGCACAGAGGCUCCCGCGCAGCACAAUGUCCCCGCGGGUGCCCACAGACCCGCUGUGGCCACGGGUGGUGAAGCUGCUGGUGCUGCUCCAGCUGUGCGCCCAGGGCCGCGCUGCCCACUCCUCCCCGCCGCCCCACGGCUGCCCCAGUGCCUGCAUCUGCACCUCCGACCUGCUGAGCUGCAGCCGGCAGACGCUGCACCACGUGCCCCCGGCGCUGCCGCCCACCACCGCCACGCUGGACCUCAGCCACAACGCCCUCACCCAGCUCCAGGACCGCUGGCUGGCCGCCCUCCCGCACCUUGAGGCCCUCCACAUCAGCCACAACCAGAUUAAGGAUCUUUCUCCGCAGGCUUUCCACAAUGCCUCCUACCUGCGGCACCUGGACAUGUCCUCCAACCACCUGCACACUGUCGAGACGCACUACUUCAACGCGCUGGUGAGCUUGGAGGAGCUGCUGCUCUACAACAACCGCAUCAAACGAGUGGAUGAGAAUGCCUUUGCCAAGCUGAGUGUCCUGCGGAAAGUCUAUCUGAGCUGGAACAACCUGACCACCUUCCCCUUCCGCGCCGUGCAAGGGCUGGGCAGCUACAGCCUCCGCACGCUGGACCUCUCCUCCAACAGCCUGAGCAGCAUUCCUGUGGAGGAGCUGGCAGCUCUGCCCGAAAACAUCAGGAACGGCUUGUACCUGCACAACAACCCCGUCAGGUGCAGCUGCCCACUCUACCUGAUGCUCCAGCGCUGGAAGCAGCGAGGUUUCAGCUCCGUGAAAGAUUUCUUUGAGGAACACACCUGCAAGGUGUCUGACAAUGUGCCUCGGUCCCUGAUCAAGUUCCUCAAAUACAGCCACAUGUUUGAGAACUGCUCGGCGGGCCCUGAAGACGUGCACCCCGUGUCCUACCCUGUGAUGGUGGGCCAGACCCUCCUGCUCGCCUGCAACACCAGCCUGCCGGCCACAGCCACCACCUACAUGUGGAUCUCCCCUCACCAUGAGCCCAUCAAACACCCGGGAAACAGCAACCGCUCCUUGGAACUCUACCACAAUGGCAGCCUGAAGAUCGCAGCUGCCAAGCCCUGGCACUCAGGGGUCUACGUGGGCUUGGCCAUCAACAGCCCCCACAACUUCAGCAGGCUGUGCGAGAUCAACGUGACGGUCCACUACCCCAAGCCGGAUGGGGAGACCUUCAGCACCGGCCUCACGACCCUGCUGGGGUGCAUCGUGAGCCUGGUGCUCAUCCUGGUGUACCUGUACCUCACGCCUUGUCGCUGCCUGAGCUGCUGCAAGAAGCCGGCACCGCUCAGCCCCCCGCAGGAGUGCAGCGCACAGUCCUCCAUCCUCAGCACCACUCCCCCCGCCACCGAUGCGCCCAACCGCAAGGUCAGCGCCAACAAGCACGUCGUCUUCCUCGAGCCCCUCAGGGAGACGCAGAACGGCAAGAUCCGCCUGGCCCUCGGCGAGGACUUCCCUGACGCCAAGCACCCCAAGGUCCUGCAGCUCAAGUCGGACUCGGAGUCCAUCAGCUCUAUCUUUUCAGACACCCCCAUUGUGUCCUAGUGGGGCAGAGCUGGGAGGAGAGCCGGGGCCUCCUGGGAGCUGUUUUCCUCUAUUGCAGGAUUAUCAGGCACCCCGAACUCCAGGCUUGACUGCAACCUGUGAGGGUGACCGGCAUCACCCAUACCUGCUUCAGCCAUCAGCUCCUGCAGGGUUUUGGGCCAGGGGCCUCUUGGUGCCCAGCAAGAGCUCCUCACAUAAGCCACUGGCAACGGCCUCGUUAGCACAAGGGCAAGGCUGCUGAAACCAGCACACCUGAGGAGCCCCUGCUUUGGCCAGACAAACUCCAUAAGAGGCACCUGGGCCAGCAGUCUGAAAUGGCCCCGCGCACGUGACACCCAACCUGGUGCCACCACCACGGACCCCCAGCCAGGCAACAGCCGUGGUGAGUGGGACACUGUCCUCACUCAUGCCAGGGCCCCUGGGGAUGGCAGUGCCACUGUCCUCUCCCAGCCUGUGUGGGUCUCCAAUACCGUAGCUGGGAGGGGGGGAAUUGUGACCCUGUCGCCCCCUCCCCAGACAUGGCCAUGCAGGAGCGAUGGAGCUUGGUGUCAACCAGCCACGCAGCCAAGCAAAUGUUACAAGCUUUUGCCUCCCGAGAAGCUGUAAAUAGUCAAGGCAGGAUUAGGUGACGUGAUACAGCGCCCGCAUUGCUCAGAGCUCCCCGUGCCGCCAAGGACGAUGAGGUCUCGGAUGCACCACCCUCCUCCACUGCUUCUCCUUGAGGCGGACAAACGCGCUGCUACAGCACAGCUAUUUGGGCAGUAAUCUAAUAAGCCUAUUGAUAAAUGUGAGUAAUCCUCUCCUCUCUUGGGUCGUAAUUCUCUAGUUACAUUGGAAUAAAAAUGCCUAUUUUUUUAAGCUCA